UAGACUACAUUUCCCAGAAGUUCCUGCGGCUCUAAUCAACUUCUGGCGCGAACCUGACGACCUUUUUCUAUUUCUCAGGGAACAUAUGGCUCCUUGGGAUUAGCUGGGUCCAAGGAGGAUGCUUGUCUCCCGAAUAUGGGCCCGCCUCGUGUGGGAGCCUCACUCCGAGCCUGCGUCUGGAUCUCGAAGACUCCUGGCAGCGAUUCGGAGAGGCGAGCAGGGGUGUGGGCUUGGCCCAGGCUGCGCGCUGGCAGGAGACAGGCGGGCCAGGCGCCAUCUUGUCCGAGCAGAUCCUGCUCCAGACUACAUUUCCCAGAGACUCCCGCGGGAACAGGGCCGCCGCUUCGCUUGCCUGCGGGAUCCUCGGCCUCCCGGGAAGGGGCAGUGCAAGGAGAACAGCUCGGAGGAGGACUGAUCAUCCCCUGCAAAACUGAAAGCCAUGGCCCAGGGAUCAGUGAUGUUCAGUGAUGUAUCUGUGGACUUCUCUCAGGAGGAGUGGGAAUGCCUGGACCCUGCUCAGAGGGACUUGUACAGAGACGUGAUGUUGGAGAACUAUAGCAAUCUGGUGUCAGUGGGAUUUUAUAUUCCUAAGCCUCAAGUGAUCUCCUUAUUGGAACAAGGGAAAGAGCCCUGGAUGGUUGGCAGAGAGCUGACAAGAGGCCUGUGUUCAGAUCUGGAAUCAAUGUGUGAAACCAAGUUAUUAUCUCUAAAGAAGGAAGUUUAUGAAAUAGAAUCAUGCCAGAGGGAGAUAAUGGGACUUACAAAGCAUGGCCUUGAGUACUCCAAUUUUAGAGAUGUUUUGGAAUAUGGAAGCCACUUUGAAAGACAACUGGGAUAUCAAAAUGGGCAUUUCAGUCAAGAAAUAUUCGCCCAUGAAUACGUGCCCACAUUUAUUCAACAGACAUUCUUUACUCUACAUCAAAUAAUUAAUAAUGAAGAGAAACCCUAUGAAUGUAAGAAAUGUGGAAAGGUCUUUAGUCAGAAUUCACAAUUUAUUCAACAUCAGAAAAUUCAUAUUGGUGAAAAAUCUUAUGAAUGUAAGGAGUGUGGGAAAUUCUUUAGUUGUGGCUCACAUGUUACUCGACAUCUGAAAAUUCAUACUGGUGAAAAACCCUUUGAAUGUAAGGAAUGUGGAAAGGCCUUCAGUUGUAGUUCAUACCUUUCUCAACAUCAGAGAAUUCAUACUGGUAAGAAACCCUAUGAAUGUAAAGAAUGUGGGAAGGCCUUUAGUUAUUGCUCAAAUCUUAUUGACCAUCAGAGAAUUCACACUGGUGAAAAACCCUAUGAAUGUAAAGUAUGUGGGAAAGCCUUUACUAAGAGCUCACAACUUUUUCAACAUGUGAGAAUUCACACGGGUGAGAAACCCUAUGAAUGUAAGGAAUGUGGCAAAGCUUUUACGCAGAGCUCAAAACUUGUUCAGCAUCAGAGAAUUCAUACUGGUGAGAAACCCUAUGAGUGCAAGGAGUGUGGCAAAGCCUUUAGUAGUGGCUCAGCACUUACCAAUCAUCAGAGAAUUCACACUGGGGAGAAACCCUACGAUUGUAAGGAAUGUGGGAAGGCUUUUACUCAGAGCUCACAACUUCGUCAACAUCAAAGAAUUCAUGCUGGUGAGAAACCCUUUGAAUGUCUUGAAUGUGGGAAGGCCUUUACUCAGAACUCACAACUUUUUCAACAUCAGAGAAUUCAUACAGAUGAAAAACCAUAUGAAUGUAAUGAAUGUGGAAAGGCCUUUAAUAAAUGCUCAAACCUUACUCGACAUCUGAGAAUUCACACUGGUGAAAAGCCCUAUAACUGUAAGGAAUGUGGGAAGGCCUUUGGUAGUGGCUCAGAUCUCAUUCGUCAUCAGGGAAUUCAUACUGAUGAAUAAUAAAAGGGAAAGAAGCCUCACACGUAUGAGGAAUGUGGGAAGGACUUCAGCCGCGGCUCCAACCUGUCCAUCCACCGGCGAGUACACACAGGCGAGAAGCCCUACAGAUGUGCUGUGUGUGGGAAGAACUUCAGCCGCAGCUCCAACCUCUCCAUCCACCAGCGCAUCCACACGGGCGAGAAGCUCUUCCGGUGCUGUGACUGUGGCAAGGACUUUAGCCGCAGGGCAGCCCUGCAGAUCCACCAGAGCGUCCACACAGGAAGGAAGCCCCAUGCCUGUGAGGUAUGUGACCGCAGCUUCACCUCACGCUCCAUGCUGGCACGACACCAGCAGGACCAUGCAGGGGACAAGGCCUAUGUGUGUGACACGUGUGGCUGGGGCUUCAGCCAGAGAGCCAACCUUUACCUGCACCAGCGUGUCCACACUGGGGACAGGCCGUUCCAGUGUGAGGCCUGUGGGAAGUGCUUCAGCUGGAGCAAGGACCUGGGCAUCCACCAGAGGGUCCACACAGGAGAGCGGCCCUACAGGUGUGGGGCUUGUGGGAGGGACUUCAGGCAUCGCUCGGCCCUCAAGAGGCACCAGAGGGUGCACACAAGGGAGAAGCCCUAUCCCUGUGCCGUGUGUGGGAAGGGGUUCAGUCAGCAAGUCCACUUGCAGACACACCAGAAGGUGCACUAUAGCAGGAGGCUUCCAAAAUUGGGCUCCACCCAUGCAGGUAGCUUCCAGAGCCAGGGGGAAUGCCAGGGCAUGGGUGCUGAGGUGCAUAUCAUGGAUCAGGCUUAAUGGUAUAUGGCAUUUGUUAGUGUGUAAACAGAAAAGAGCACAGAUCAUAAGUGUGCAGGUUGAUAAGUUUUCACAAAAUGAGCAUACCUGUGUCCAGCUCUUGGAUGGAGAAACAAAACAUUUCCAUCCCUCUCAAAAGACCUCUGCAUUCCCUCUUCCACUCAGUACCCCACAAAGGGAAUCACUCUCCUGACUUCUAAACCGUAGGUUAGUUUUGCAAGUUCUAGAAUAUCAUAUAAGUGGAAUUACACACUGUGUAAUCUUUUGUGUAGGGCUUCAUUCACUCAGCGUCUGCAAGAAUCAUCUGUGUUGUUGUGUAUUCAGAAGUUCAUUCAUUUUAUUGCUGAGUAGUAUUCCAUUGUAUGGAUGUACCAGAGUUUGUCCACUCACCUAUAGGUGGACACUUACAUUUUGGUUAUUUCCAGGUUUUGGUUGUUAUGAGUAAAGCUGCUAUGAACAUUUGGGUACACGUCUUUGGGUGGACAUAUACUUUAAUUUCUCUUGAGUAUAUACUUAGGAGUAGAACUGAUGGGCAUUCUAAGACUUUCUAAAAAACUGGUCACUUUUUUAAAAACUGUGUUUAUUAAAGUCCUAAAAUACAUGAUUGGUUUUCACUACAUGUCAAUAUACAGAAAAUAAUUAUGCCAUCUAACAAUAUUAUCUUGUACAUUGGAUUUUUACAUGUACAUGGAAAAUUUCAAACAAAUAUAGAAAUAGAACACUGUAACAAAUUCUCAUGUCCCCAUCAUCUAGCUUCAACAGUCAAUUCGUGAUGAAUUUUGUUUUCUCUGUUCCACCUUCCUUCCUCACACACACUGCUGAAGUAGUUUAAAGCAAAUCCUAGACUAGGAUAUUGUUUCAUCUUUUUUUUUUUCGCUGAGGAAGAUUCACUCUGAGCUAACAUCUGUUGCCAAACUUCCUCUUUUUGCUUGAGGAAGAUUUGCCCUGAGCUAAUAUCUGUGCCGAUCGUCCUCUAUUUUGUAUGUGGGUCACUGCCUUAGCAUGGCCGCCGACUAGUGGUGUAGGUCCACGCCUGGGAACUGAACCCAGGCCGCCAAAGCGGAGUGUGGUGAACUUAACCACUAGACCAUGGGGCUGGCCCCAUCGUCUUUAAAUACUUUGGUUUUGUAUAUGUAUCUUCAAAGAAUAAAGGUUUAUUUUAAAAUUUUUUUUCAAAGAAUCACUGUUUACUUCAAAAAAAUUUUUUUUUGUUGAGGUAAAAUUCAGCUAACAUAAAAUUCAUCAUUUUAACCACUUGGAAGUGGUUGUACUGGAAUUGUACUGGAAUACAAUUGAGUAGUUUUUAGUACAUUCACAAUGUUGUGCAGCUAUCACCACUGUCUAAUUCCAGAGCACUUUCAUCAGGCCAGAAAGAAACCCUGUUACCGUUAAAUAGUCACUCCCCAUUUUCCCCUUACCCUAGCCUCUGGCAACCACAAAUCUACUUUCUGUCUCUAUAGAUUUCCCUAUUCUGGACAUUUCAUAUAUAUGGAAUCAUACAAUAUGUGACCUUUUAUGUCUGGCUUCUUUCACUUAGCAUAAUGUUUUCAAAGUUCACCCAUGUUUUAGCAUGUAUCAGAACCUCAUUCAUUUUUAUGGGUGAACAAUAUUCCAUUAAAUGGAUAUACAACAUUUUUAAAUCCAUUCUUCAGUGGAUGGACAUUUGAGUUGUUACCAUUUUUUGACUUGUAUGAGUAAUGUUACCAUGAACAUUUAUGUACAAGUUUUUCAUUGAGCAUACGCUUUUAAUUCUCUUGCGUAUAUAUAGAGGAGUGGAAUUGGUGAGUCAUAUGGUCAUUCUGUUUAACUUUUUGAGAAACUGCCAAAUUGUUUUCCAUAGUGGUUGCCACCAGCAACGUAUGAGUCUUCCAGAUUCUCCACAUCCUCACCAAUGCUUGUUAUUUCCUGUUUUUGUUUUUUUAAGCAUAGCCAUGCUAGUGGCUAAGUGGUAUC